AUGUUUAUUGGAAAAGACCCAUUUGUGUCACUAGUGUUACCCAGUUCCCCAAAACAUCAGUCUGAAAACUCACAGGGAACUGUGAGAUACUCAGUUAGUCCCACUGUGUAUGGAGUUUCAGCAUAUAUUUCCUAUGGCCCUAGUGUAAUUAGGACAGGAUUUUAAAAACACCAUCCUAAGCAUGGCAAAGACACACCUCACUCAUUGACGUGUUUUCCUGUUCCUGGGUCUCAUCCAUAGGGCAGAGCUGCUGGCUGGAGCCUUCUAGAGAAGGACUGUGCUGAAAUAAGCAGAUGAAAGAGCAUGUUUCCCUCUGCAAAGCAUUUUUCAUCAAAUGCUUUCAUGUUUAUUACCAGCCUCACCCAGGAUGCCUUUGUGGCAUUUCACAAUGAUAAGUCUCUGGUGAAAAAAUACUUGAAAUCUCUGCUGAUCGGGGAAUUGGCACCAGAUCAACCCAGCUUUGAGUCUAAUAAAAAAAAAUCACUUUUAGAGGAUUUUCGUGAGCUGCGCUGCACUAUUGAGAAGAUGGGACUUCUGAGGCCAAAUUACACCUUUUUCUUCCUGAUCUUCCUUCACCUCCUGGUAUUGGAUGCUGCAUCCUGGCUUGUGGUUUGGUACUUUGGGAUAUCCUUAGUGCCUUUCGCAGUUGGCAUGGCGUUCUUCAGUAUUGCUCAGAUCCAGAUGGGCUGGUUCCAACAUGAUCUGGGGCACUGCUCUGUCUUCAGGAAGCCUAAAUGGAAUCGACUUCUGCAGAUUGUUGUGAUAAAUGUUCUGAAGGGGUUGCCAGCCAGCUGGUGGAAUCACCUGCACAACCAGCACCAUGCCAAACCCAACUGCUUCCGCAAAGACCCUGACCUCAACAUGCACCCUCUCCUGUUCAGCUUGGGAAAGACACUCUCCGUGGAGCUUGGAAAAAAGAAGAAGAAGUUCAUGCCUUACAAUUAUCAGCAUAAGUAUUUCAUCUUAUUGGCCCCACUCGCACUUGUACCCUUCUUCCAGCUGUCUACAUUCUACUUCGCAAUCAGGAGGAAAAAGUGGUUGGACCUGUUAUUGGUUGUGUCUUUCAACGUUCGAGUCUGUCUCAUGUAUAUUCCUUUAAUGGGAUUUAACAACUUCAUGGUGUACUAUUGGCUGUCCAGGUACAUAGAGAGCACCUGGUUUAUUUGGGUGUCACAGAUGAAUCACAUUCCAAUGGACAUUGGUUAUGAUAAGAACAAAGACUGGGUAUCUACUCAGCUCCAUGCAACAUGCAAUGUGAAACAAUCUUUGUUCAAUGACUGGUUCACUGGGCAUUUGAACUUCCAAAUUGAGCACCACCUUUUCCCCACAAUGCCUCGACACAACUACUGGAAAGCAGCUCCUCUGGUGAAAGCCCUUUGUGAUAAGCAUGGCAUUCAGUAUAAAAGCAAGACUUUACUGACAGCCUUCCUAGAUAUUUUGCAUUCACUGAAGGAUUCUGGGGAGCACUGGCUUGAAGCAUAUCUGCAUGGAUAGAAACUGGCAACUGUCAAAGGGAACCUCUUCACCAGACAACUGCUGCAAAGAGUCAGCACAGAAAAACAGUGUGUGUGUGUCUUCUGGCAUAGAAACUCUGGAGCUGGGAAAAGAUAAUUUCAAUAAGAAUGGGUGGGAAAGUGGCUUAAAGAUACAUUUUUUCUUGUUCCUAACCAUGAACCUCUCUUUUUCCUGCUCUCAGUCUCUGAAUUUAGAGCCAUAAUGAAAUGGGCCUUUAAACUGGGGAGAAGUAGCUCUUGACUCAGCUUGAACAGAUUACUUCAUUGGAGGUGCCAGCUCAUUGCUUAUGGAAAAAGUUUGAAAGGAAAUUCUUCAUAGAGUCAUAGAAUCAUAGAUUGGUUUGGGUUGGAAGGGACAUUUAAAGAUCAUCUUGUCCAAAACCCUGCUGUGGGCAGGGACAUCUUCUACUAGACCAGGUUGCUCAAAGCCCUAUCCAACCUGACCUUGAACACCUCCUGGGAUGAGGCAUCCAUGACUUGUCUGGGCAACCUGUGCCAGUGUCUCACCACCUUCACAGUAAAAAUUUUCUUCCUUAUAUCUAAUCUAAGUCUACU